AAGGUGUAGACAGAGUCGUCAUGAGGGCGCCAGUAAACAGCCUUUAAACUGCAAUUCAUCUACAGUUUCGGGCACACCAGGUGUGCGGGAUUACAUACACUGAGAUACUGAAGUAAGCUGUAAAAGCUUACAAAGUGGUGCACGGUGCUUGCUUUAUGAUACCGUGCUUCCUGCCGAUGACGCGACUGUCCUCUCCUUGUUUUCCUUGAUUUCCGUGUGGCUCGCAGCGCGGGAACAUUUUUGCAGCGUGAAUCCGACGGUGAAGUUUUGGGAAACAAAAUAACAAACAGAGAGAUGGAUCCUUCGGAGGUCGAGUUCCUCGCCGAGAAAGAGACGGUGAAGAUAAUACCGAAUUUCAGUCUAGAAAAGAUCUAUUUGAUCGGAGGCGACCUGGGUCCUUUCAAUCCUGGCCUGCCCGUUGAUGUUCCUGUGUGGUUGGCUCUUAACUUGAAGCAGAGACAGAAAUGUAGAAUUGUUCCUCCUGAGUGGAUGGAUGUCGAGAAACUGGAGGAGAUAAGAGACCUUGAGAGGAAAGAGGAUGCCUUUACACCUGUUCCCAGCCCUUACUACAUGGAGCUGACCAAACUGCUACUGAACCACGCAUCUGACAAUAUUCCUAAAGCGGAUGAGAUCCGCACACUGGUCAAAGACAUCUGGGACACACGUGUCGCCAAACUUCGCCUGUCCGCCGACAGCUUCAUCGGUCAGCAGGAGGCUCAUGCCAAGCUGGACAACCUGACUCUCAUGGAGAUCAACACCAUUCGAGCGUUUUUUCUUGACUCUCUCAACUUCAUGUACAAACUACGUUCCAAUCUGCAGUCUGGUUCCAGCAAAGGACAGUUCACGGACUAUUGAUCCACUAGAUCGAGGCCUGCUGAACAGGUUUGGAUCUUGUCCUAGAAUUUGGGUAGGCUGUGGAUAAAGCCUUGGACUGAGGGGUGUACUCAUUGAGUGAUCUCUUCAUGACUGAACAGACAGUUUUCUCUGAAACUGAAGACAGCACAAGAGUUUUACUCAGCCUUUUUAAGGGAUUAUGCUUCUCUCAAGGGAGAUGUGUGUUAAUCUGUACAUAUUUACAAGCAUAUAAGCUUUAUAUGCUUCUGCUGUUUGCAAUGUGUACAUAUUUAAAGUCAUUCAGGCUGCUCGUAGUAGGUUGAAACAGCCACCAUUUUUGUGUUUCAAUAUUUGGCAAAAUAAAUGAAUUAGUGUGUAUGUUUAUGGUAUCAGUAUGUUUUUUUUUCUCUCAUUCCUCCCUACAUUGUUUGUUUUUUUUUAUCAUUGUGUUUAUUUGUCAUCAUUAUGUUUGUGUAAUACUUUUUCUGAAUUUUACAAAAUGUUCUAGGGGAAUGGAGAUCUGUUGGUUUGCUGGACUGACUGAAAUUUGAAGAAAUUUGAACAGAACAUAGUACCCACAAAGAAAUGCUAACAUAAAAUAAAGUUUUACAUGGUUAGUAAUAGGUAACCAAAAUAA